AUGGCCUGCUCCGACCUCUGCCGCCCCUGCGGACCCACCCCGCUGGCUAACAGCUGCAACGAGCCCUGUGUCAGGCAGUGCGAGGACUCCCGCGUCGUCAUCCAGCCUUCCACCGUGGUGGUCACCCUGCCAGGACCCAUCCUCAGCUCCUUCCCCCAGAGCACCGCCGUCGGAUCCUCCUCAUCGGCUGCCGUGGGCAACGUCCUCAGCUCCCAGGGAGUGCCCGUCUCCUCCGGAGGCUUCGGCUUCGGCUACGGCUACGGCUUGGGCGGCCUGGGCUGCUUCGGCGCCAGAAGGGGCUGCUACCCCUGCUAAGGUGCAUUGUCACAUGAGCUUGAUGUCAACGGCUCCUCCUCUCUAAGCACCAAACAUGGAAGCAGUGAAGGGGCAGCCCAGGUUUCCUGGAAACAUUGCCCAAGUACCUCCUCUUUU